AGUGAAUCCAGCUGCCUCGCAAGGUUCACCAUGUAUUUUCUGUCUUUGUUCAGAGGGUUGUUCUACAUCUGGCGUUACGGUAGUCUGGUCCAUUACGCUAGUGUUGUCCAAUACGCUGGGUAGCGUGACAAGCGAGCACUUGUUGUCACACAAUACGAGCUGGGAAGGCACAAGUGUUUUCUCUCUAGAUGUAUUACUUGAGAUAGAUAUGACGGAAAUGUUUUCAACUCUCUACGGGCAAAAUGAAGCCCAGGGUCCGCCCGGUUCGACGUCUCUGGGAUUUGGACCGGGAAAACCUACUCCUCCUCUGCCGCAAAACCAGGUCGCUAUGCCGGGUCAGCUAGCGCCGCAGCCCGGGGAUGAGGGGCCCGUCCUCCGGAAGCCUGGAGCCAUGAAUGAACCUUUCUACUUGUUACGGGAGCUUCCUGUAGGCAAUGAGUUGACGGGCAACACCAACCUCAUCACACACUAUAACCUGGAACACGCUUACAACCGCUUCUGUGGGAAGAAGGUGAAGGAGAAGCUGAGCAACUUCCUGCCAGAGCUGCCUGGGAUGAUCGACUGUCCCGGCACGCAGGACGGCAGCUCGCUGCGCUCCCUGAUCGAGAAGCCCCCCGUGUGUGGGAACUCCUUCAGCCCCCUGACCGGGGCGCUGCUCACGGGCUUCAGACUCCACACAGGACCGCUCCCGGAGCAAUACAGGCUGAUGCACAUCCAGCCUCCGAAGAAGAAGAGCAAACACAAGCACAAGCACCAUCGACCGCAGGACCCCAUACCACAAGAGACCCCCUCAGACUCUGACCCCAAGAAGAAGAAGAAGAAGCGCGACGACGACCCCGACCGCAAGAAGAAGAAGAAGGACAAGAAGAAGAAGAAGAACCGCCACAGCCCAGACCACCCCGGCCUCCCCAGUUCACAGCCCAACAGCAGCAGUCUGAGAUAGACCAGGGAGACCGGUGGGUGUGGGUUUGAGUGUGUGUGGGAGUGUGUAUGCGUGUGUUUUGAAGUAUUCCUAAAUGAAUGCGUGGUUGUUGUUUUUUUUGCAAUGAUGUAUUACUGCAGUGUGUAUGGUGGUUGUAUUGUUUUUGAGUUACAGCGCAGUGUAGAAGGCUAAAGCCAUUGAUACUUUGUCAAGUAUGAAUGAUUGUUGCUUUUCCAUUUUUGUCUUUCCACCGUUUCAAAUUCUAAUAAAAUUUGGAUUCUACUUUUUA